UGACAGUUCAUUAAAGAGACGGAGUUAAACGUUUUUUUAAAGUGUAAAAAGGCAGAAGGCAAACAAAUGAAGACUUGACGUAGCGAAUGGAGUAUUCUGACCUGUUUCUUUUUCAUUCACUGUUUUACAGGGACCGACCGCGAUGCUGUUCUGGACGUAUAAUGAGGCAUGCGAUGACAGUGGGCAACGUGAGUAAAAGAGUCAUGAAAGGCCCAGCGCCGUACUACCGCAUCCUCCUGGGUGGGGCCGUGGUGCUUCUCCUGGCCAGAUUGGCCCAGAGUUGCCCUGCCCGAUGUGAGUGUUCUGCGCAGACCAAGUCAGUGAGCUGCCACCGCAAGCGUCUCAGCACCAUACCUGAAGGCAUCCCCAUCGAAACUCGAGUCCUAGAUCUCAGCAAAAACAAGUUACGCAUAAUCACACCGGACAACUUCUCUUCAUUCCAUCUUCUGGAAGGCUUGGACCUGAGUGACAACCUCAUCAGUGUGGUGGAAACUGGAUCAUUUCGUUCCCAGCUUGCUCUCCGCUCACUGAACUUCCGCAGUAACGUGAUCCAGCUGGUUCCUGCAGGUGUACUGUCUGGCCUGACCAACCUCACUCACCUUGACCUCAACCACAACCGACUUGUGGUUCUGCUGGACCACGCCUUUCAAGAUCUGCACAAAUUGGCAUCCCUCGAGGUGGGUGACAAUGAACUUGUUUUCAUCUCUCCGAGGGCCUUCCUGGGAUUAACUGGACUCCGAAGUCUGACCCUGGAACGUUCCAAUCUCACUGCAGUCCCUACUGACGCUUUGGCACAUCUACACAACCUGGUCGAACUACAUCUUCGCCAUUUGAGCAUUAGUUUUCUGAAGCCUUUCUCUUUUAAGAGGCUGUUCCAUCUCCGCCAACUGGAGAUCGAUUAUUGGCCCUGGUUGGACACACUCCCCCCACUGUCUCUGCAUGGCCUCAACCUCACAACCUUGUUUAUAACCAACACGAACGUAUCUGCCUUCCCUGGUGCAGCAUUGCGCCACCUGCACUACCUCACUCACCUCAACUUGUCUUUCUCCCGAAUUCAGCAUAUCCAUCAAGGAGAGCUUGGGCACUUCCCGCAUUUGAUGGAGCUCCGUCUUCAAGGGUCUCAGCUUGUUUCUAUUGAACUCUUUGCAUUUAUUGGCCUCAUAUCUUUGCAACUAUUGGAUGUGUCACAAAAUCGCCUAGACUCUCUGGAGAGGGGAGUUUUUGCAUCCCCAGACAGCCUCCAGAGGCUUUGUCUGGGUGGAAACCCAUUGGUGUGUGACUGCAGAUUGCUUUGGUUGCUGAAUAGCUACAAGCCCCCCUCCCUUCAUAUUCUUGAUCUCCAGCCCGAGUGCAGCGCCCCCGAGUACCUCCUGGGAAAAACUCUUCGUGAGCUCAAGGAACCACUGGUCUCUCGGUACAUGACCUGCACCAAGCCUCGAAUUGGACCCAACAUAACACAGCUGCUGAUGGCUGACGAGGGUCAACCUGCCCGUUUGAGCUGCAUGGCAGAGGGAGCGCCAAGGCCUUCAGUGGUCUGGAUUACACCUCACAGACGCUACAUCACAGCCAAGAGCAGCGGCAGAGUGGAAGUCCAACCAGAUGGCACCCUGGAGAUCAAAGCUGCAGAGCUGCAUGACAGCGGAGUGUACUUGUGUAUUGCAAGUAAUGCUGCUGGCAACGCCAGCUUGUCGGCCUCUUUAGCCGUGAAGAGCCUGGGCAUUAGGGACAACUUUCACAAUAGCAACAGGAGCUCAAACUAUUUGACAAGCUCCAACAGCACUUGGGGAAAUGGGACUGUGUUGUACAACAUGACAGUCCCCAUAGACAUUAAGACUAUCAUUAUAUCCACAGCCAUGGGCUGCCUGUCCUUUCUAGGUGUGGUCGUCUUCUGCUUCCUGCUGCUCUUUGCCUGGAGCCGAGGAAAAGGACGUCAUAAGAGCAACUUUGAUAUUGAAUAUGUCCCACGCAAAACCAAUGGGGCCUCAGCCGAAGUGACAGAAACAAGUGGCCCCCGACGAGUCAAUAUGAAAAUGAUCUGAACCUGAAGCGGACUGAUGCGCACAACGACGACAACAACAAUGCAGUGCACACACAUCGGCUUGAAAAAAAAAGUUGCUUUCAAUGAUCCCCCCGUGGAAUUGUGACAAAUGAUGUACUAAUAUAGUGGCUGUCGAUGAAGGUGAUCUCGUGAUCAUGUGAAUAUCGAAGUGAAACCGUGAACGUGUUUAUAUCAAAUAAUGUCCUUACAUUACAUUGAAUAGAAUACUAUAACCAACAUAUCAAUAUGGGAGUGAUCUAGUGUUGCACUUGGCAUGUGUAUCAGUGGUGAUGUGAUGAGUAAUGAUGUUGUCCACUAUCCGUGACAUCAAACCGAAGGACGGAGUCACUGAGGGUUAUGGGGGGAGGGGGGAGGGGGGGAAUACUCUAAACGCAGCGAUAGCGAUCACCGCUGCAAUAUGUCAGGACUAAAUUGUCUAACACCCAUGUUAGCUGCAGUGUGAAUGGUGUGUGUCGUAAUCACGUGUGCUGUGUGUGCGCAUCGCUGUACGCAUGUUGCGUUUGUGUCUUUCGUUGUGCAUGUGCACGCAUUGCCUUUCUUAUCAGACAGAAAUAUUAAAAAGAUGGGGACCGGCGGGCCUUUGUUCUCGUUGGGUCAUUGUCACUGUUGGGUAAAACGGGAUCAUAUUGUAUAUGUUUUUGUAAUGGGAAAAUCCAAUUUAUUCUUAAAAAGAAAUGCUGCAUCCAUUUUGAAAUAGUUGCCCUCAUGCAAGGAGACGAACAUAUGGGGAAUUCAAUGAACUCAGGGCGACAUUGCGUUGUAAUUUAAUGUGAGGCGUGAGCUUUGUCUUCGUCAAAGAAUUCACUUUCCAGGAAAGACAAGACAUUCCCCUCAGAAAUAACAUCGGUCAAAGGCGUUAUCGCACGACAAAAGCUCCCGGCAAUAGAAAUGGUACAUUAAAGCUGUUUCAAAAUGUCAUAAAUCACAGGCAGUUUUUGCUGCCAGAAACGAAAAAAAAAAAAAAAAAUCCCUCGAUGUGACAUAAGAGACUCUGUGGCCACAACGGCAAAGAUUUACGGGCUAGUGCCCUCUUUUGGACAAGACAAAGUUAAGCCUCACCGAGUUAUGGCUUAAAUUUCCCGUCAUAUUUCUUUGAUCGCACCUCUUCACUUCCUUACUGGGGCUCUGCUUAUUUCAUAGGUGUCAAUUUCAAACUUGUAAUGGAAUCUUGUAACGUUAUGUUUCUUUGUGAGGAAAUAUUUUCCGUGUUUGGUGUGGGCAAUAUUGGCAAAACAAUUAAGGGCAAGUCUUUGUAUUGCAGGGACAUGGGUGUUGAUUUGUGUAAUUCUGUUGUGAUAAAACAUUCAAAAGUUGUAUAAUUGUUUUCGUAUGAUACAUUUAUGGGUAUAUUUUCAAAAGAAAAUAAAUAUCAAACCUACCCCUGAUUGGAAUUGUAUUUUAAAUUCAGCUGGAGUUACUCUAAUAGCAUCGGAAUAGCCGUAUGUCUGCGAUUAAAUAUUUACCAUUAGCUUGAACUGCACACA